CUCCUCCAACAUGGCCGGCAUGGGGCUGGUGCAGGAGGGCAGAGUAAGUCUGUUCAGCUUUCUGCUGGGACUCUCGGUGAUUUUUUUGCCUUUGUUGACCAGCCGCUUCACAGAGCCCGAGCAGACCCUCCUAGCUACCACCCCGGGGAGGAUAUCGCUGGUGGUCUUCAUAGCGGCUCUCAAUGGAUUCCUGCUGCUCGUCUACCGGGCUCAGCUUUACCAGGUAGCAAUCAGAGGUGCCUUCUUAGGCUUUGCAUUUGGAUGUGGUGCACUCCUGAGUGUCACUCAGUCCCCAUGGAAACACUUUGGAUGGUAUGUUUGCUCCCUCUCGUUCUUCCAUUAUUCUGAAUAUUUGGUGACUGCUGCAAACAACCCGAAAAGUCUGUCGCUGGACUCCUAUCUACUCAAUCAUAGCGUUGAGUACACACUGGCUGCAGUUUCCUCUUGGCUUGAGUUUACUAUUGAGAGAAUGCUCUUUCCAGGUCUGAAGCAGAUAACAUGGCUGAGUGCUAUUGGAUUGAUAAUGGUGCUCAUUGGGGAAUUACUGCGGAAAUGUGCAAUGCUCACAGCCGGUUCCAAUUUCAACCACAUUGUACAGAAUGAGAAAUCCGAAUCCCACACUCUAGUAACAUCUGGGGUCUAUUCCUGGUUCAGACAUCCGUCUUAUGUCGGCUGGUUUUACUGGAGCAUUGGAACACAGAUUUUACUCUGCAACCCAGUCUGUUUAAUUGGCUACACGCUGGCAUCCUGGAGGUUUUUUCGCGAGAGGGUGGAGGAAGAAGAGUACUCUCUCAUCCACUUUUUUGGAGAACAGUAUUUGGAGUAUAAAAAAAAAGUUCCAACAGGCUUGCCUUUCAUAAAAGGUGUGAAAGUGGAGCCAUAACAGAGUGAAUACAGCAUGAGUCUUGUUUUUACACAUGAUCUUUCUCAUUUUGAAUUGAACCCAGCGCGUUUCGACUCAUGUGGGAACUGUGGGAAAAAUGCAGGAGCUGUCUUCUAAUUGUCCAUUACAUUGAACAGAUUAAGGGCUAAGAAGAUGCAAACCACACAAUAACAGCACAGAUACUACAAGAUUGUGAAUCUGCCACCAUGCAUACUGGCUCACUGAAGACUCCAUAUGUCCAAUACAUCGCAGUGUAAAAAUUGGAGGGUACAGUUAUAUCUUGAUACCUCCUAGUAGACACUGGAUUUGGAGUCCUUUUAGUUCAUUUUUCUAGAAGACCUUUUUCUAUUUAAUAAUUACAUCAAGAGUAUUGUAGUAGAGCAUAUAUCUAUUUCUAUAGUAUUUAUAUGCAUGUGUUAAAAAAAAAAAUAAUAAUAAUAAUUUCAAUGCUAAACAUAGCAGCUGUAGUUUAAAUCAAACUGGUUUGGUUAUUUUUAAAGUUGCAUGAAAUUGCAACAUUUGCCGUCUGACUCUUUGCCCAACUGAGUCCACCUACGUGUGACUGGCAUUCCUGGGGUAUAGAGCCUCUGUAAUGUGGAUUUCUAGAAGUGCUUCUUGAUUCAUUAGAUUGUAUUGUACCAUCACAGGGACACUGGAGCGUUACAUUUAGUAAGGUCCUUAGGCAGCAUGAUUAAAACUUAUAUUUGGCGUACAGUUAGUACUAGAGUAAUUCAAAAUAAUCCUCAAAGGAAAUGAGGGG